AUGAAAUAUAAUUUAUUUACAUUAACCAUAUCUUAUAGAUAUAAAGGAAAUUUAUUUGAUUUAUUACAUUACGAUGAGACUCGUGAUGGCGCGUUAGCUAUCUUUGAAACUUUAGUUGUAGAAAGUUAUGUUUUAUGUAAUUCUGAGCCACAAACUCCCAAAUCAACUAAAUCUUCUUUAUCUUCAGCUGUAGAACAUUCAUUUCAAUUUGGAAGAUUAGUCGAGAUUGUACAAUCACUUUCUCGGUUUGAUCUCAAAAUGAAAAAACACAUUCUUUGGUCUAUGAGGCGGAUUUUGGUAGCGUGCCCCGAAAUGAAGGAUGUUUUUCGUGAUACAGGGGGUUUUGUGUGUCUCGUCAGCUUAUUAGUAGGGCUAGAAGAUGUAUAUAAAUUAUGGAUUAAAAAUAAUGAGAUUAAGGACAAUCCUCAAAUUGAAAUGCUGAAAGCCAUUUUUUCGCUAUUUGCUGAAGCGCUUUCAGAUCAUGAUGCAAAUCGACGAUUUUUCAGCACUACUAUCGGUUUUAAGUCUAUGGAGGAUGCAAUUGUUCUUACUCGUAUUCUUGAACCCGGUGGUUCUGCUGAACAUUUUUUUGGAAUUAUCUUCGGGUUUGUUGUUGAAAACGAAACCGUCGUUGACGUAUUUGCUGAACCGGUGUCUAAUGGAAUCGAAAAAUCUGGAGAAAAUUCAAGCAGAAUCACUAGGACAUUUGGCAAUAUGAAUGAUGAAAUUAGAAAUCCCAAUGUCGUUCCAACUAUAUUAAAUUUGCAAUUACAUGUGCGAUAUAAUGAAAAAUUGUUCUCAUAUAUUUAUGAAGCAAUACUUGCUCUUGCUUUUGCUAAUCGACGAAAUCAGGUGAUGUUAAAUAAAUAUGGAGUACUAGAAAUUGUUUUAAGGCGUCUUUUUCCAACGCCCAAAGAGAUUCCUACAAAUGAAAGACGAUUUUUGAAUAGAUUAGCUUUACGUCUAAUUGAAAUGGGUGUUUCUACUAAAGAAAUUCGAUUUUUAUUCGAGCAGCUUGAAAAUGGAAAUCAACAGUCUGAAGAAAUAUUUACAGACAAUGAAGGAAACUUCAUGAACGCGAUGGACAUGGUUUUAUUUGGUGUUCAAAGAAGUCGUUGGCCUAGAUUUGUUCAAUUUGAUAUGAGUCAAUUCGGAUAUUCUUGCAUGGAAAUGAGUAACUUAAGUGAUCGACAAUUUCCGCCAGCUAAUGGAGGAUAUACAUUUAUGACUUGGCUUGAUAUUGAAAAUUUUGAUUCAAAUAUUAAUUUGACACUCUUAGGUUUGAGUGAUGAUGAAAAACGUUGUUACUUGCAAAUAUAUUUUGAAGCUAAAACUCAUAAACUUGUUGUUCAGACUUCACCAAAACAGUCAACUAUAUUUGAGAGAUAUGAAUUUAAAACAGGUUGUUGGUAUCAUAUUGCUAUUGUACAUAACCGACCACGUUUAGGGUCAUCCACAAUGUCUCUAUUCGUCGACGGUCGAUUUGUAGAAAAUCUAAAGUGUCCAUAUUUAGGUCAGCCUGCAGCUAAUAGACCGAUAAGAACAUUUAUUGGAACACCUAAGGAUAUUGCUCGCACUUCAGGUAAAGGCGAAACAAGACUCUCAUGGGAUCUUGGACCAUGUUAUUUUUUUGAGGAUGAUUUAGAUGGUGAUCUUAUUAGUGUAUAUUAUCAUCUUGGUCCUCGUUAUUCUUCUAAUUUCCAAGAUUCUCUUGGACAAUUUCAAACUUAUCAAACAUCAACACUUCUUACUAUGAAACUUGAAGCGUUAAAUCGACAGCGAAAGGAUGCAAACAUUGAAGUAGAUCAUUUAGCUAUGGUAACUGCAAUUCGUGGAAAUAAUAGUCAAACUUUGCCUGAAGACAAAAUUAUUUUUGCUUUUAAUGCAAGCAAUAUGCUUGUAUGUGGUCAAAAUGCUAAUAUUUUGGGAUCAGGGCUAUAUGAAGGGACAUCACAAGAAUUAGCACUUAGCACUGUAAUUUUAAAUGCUGCUGUUCCAAAAGUAGAACGGGCAUUACGAGUUUCACAUGGAUUAGCUGAUUUAUAUGGCAAUCCUGUUACUGCAAUCCCUUAUGGGAUGGAUGAUUCAAUUUGGAAAAUUGGAGGUUCUGCUGUAGUUUUAAGAUUAAUAGAAAGAGCAGAUACAGCAAAAGAUCUAUACAAGACAGUUUGUACACUAAUUGAACUUAUUCGGUUCAGUUGGAGAAAUUCUGAGGAUAUGGAAAGAAUUCAUGGUUAUGAAAUCUUGGCUUAUUUAUUAAAACAAAAACACGGUCUUUUGACAUACGAACUCCUGAAUUUAUUACUUGUUUUUGUUGGGUAUAACCCAAUAAACCCAAUGGACUCAGUAAUCAUCAAUCCACUUGCUUAUCGGUUUCUUAUACUUGAUUUCGAUUUAUGGAGACAUGCUGACGAGACUGUCCAACGUGCCCAUCUUAUGCAAUUUGCGACAUUUAUCCAAUUAAGUCAACAUCAUCAUUUUAAUGCUAAGCGUUUGAGUAAAAUGAGCGUUGUAAAGAAAAUGCUAGUUGCCUUAAAGUUAAACGUUUAUCCGAAGGAUUUAUUGAUAGACUUCAUUGCAACGCUUAAUAUUGUAGUUAAAUACAAUUUUACAAAUGAAGUCAUAAGAUCUAUAGCAACAUUUCUAGUAUCUUCUCUUAAUAAACCAAACAAGCCACGAUUUGUUGCUACUCCUCGUCGAGAAUCUCCCCUUAAAACUGGAAUUGGUUCUUCUUUUGUACAUGAAAAUGUGAUAGGAAAGUCAUCUGUGAAAAAUAUAAUAACAGACGUGAAAAGUUUGUCAGUGAAGCAUAUAGGUGUUUUAGUAAUGGAAAUGCUUACCGAAAUACUUUGCGAUAAAAUGAAUCCUUUUUACGUUAAUAAGUUUUCUUCAACAAUUACAAACAAAUGGCCAUUACUUUUUUUUAACGAAGACUCUAACCCAUUCUGGGUCGUUUGUGCGGCUAGAAUUUUGGCCAGAUUGUUUCAUUCUCAAGGCUCCUCUUAUGUUCAUAAAUUUCGCUCAUCCUCAGAAGGGUUUAUAGUAAUGCAGAAAUUGCUCCCGCAAUGGUGGUAUCUCACGCAAUUACAGCAAGCAUUAUUUGCUAUGCUUUUUGGUACAGAUAUUUGUGACGUUCCUUUCGAUGCGCCAUUUGAUCUCUUUUCUCUUUUGACUUUGUUUAGAGACAAAGAUAACGAGACACAUAUUGUAUGUCCGGAUGUUUUGCCAAUUAUUUUGUCUAUGAUGAAGGAAGGUAUCAAUACAAUAGUAAAAUUGAGCUACGAUAUAGAAAAAAAUACAAAAUCAAGAGUUAGAACUCAAGACGACAUAAUUACACAAAAGAAUAAAACAGAAGCUGAACGGAGACGACUUUCAAGAGAUAAUGAUGUCCUUCUUGAAGAAAAAAAUGGCGAAGAAACCAAAGAAACUUUGUUUAAACUUUCUCAUGUUGAACAGACUCUCAUACAUUUUCUCGCCGACAUGUAUAAUAAUUCUGCUGAAUUCAGUGAACUUUGUUGUAAAAGUGAAAUAAUGGAUAGCUUUAUUGAAAUUUUAUUUCCAAUUGUUUGUGCUUGUGAUGAGGUCUCAAUAGAAACAGAACUACAUUCAAAAAAUUUUGGAAUGGAAUGUGAUAUCAAUGCGGUUUUUGAAACGCACAUGAGUAGCGGGACUUCCAUUAUAGUUCCGAUCCUUACAAGUAUAUCAAAGCAGCCAACUCAAUACAUUGAUGAUGAACCUGCAGAAGAAAUGACUUCCUUUUCAAGUGGAAGUAAUCGCUUGAGAAUUAUAACAGAUAAUCUCACAUUAGGUUCUUUAUCAUCGUCGCCACUACGAUCGAGCCCAUUACAAAGUGAUACGGAGGAAGAUCCCAUAUUUAAUGUACCAGAAACCACCGUAAAUCAAAGAGCAAAAAGAACAGAUUAUGCCGAACAUAAGAAUGCGACUGUAGAAAGUCUUCUUGAGUUUAUAGUUUCGAUCUGUAUAAAUUCUGUUGUUGAUCUCAAAACCAAACCCCUGUCAGGUCUAGAAGUUUCAUUCCCUCCAUCUUUAUUAGAGCAUCAGAUACAAUUCGAAAGUUAUAUUUUAACACAUGUCUUAGGUAGUCUCAAAAGCGUUUCACAACUUGAUAUGAAUAUGUUAAUGGAUCAACGUAUAAUGGCAAACAUCGCUAGAUUUUCCCAACUUACGGUAGACGCAUUAUAUCAAGGGUGGUUUUCGGAUGGAAGAAAACAAAUAUUCGAUUUCCUUACCGUUGUUCUUGAAGGAAUUCAACGAAUUGAUAAUGCUAAUAAUGCUAAUGGAAAACGAGCUAGUGACCAAUGGAUCGUUUCAUUGUAUCGCUCUUUGAAUAGAACUAUUUUGUUUGGGUUAUCAGAAAUGGAUAAAAUGCCAAUUGACGCUGAUGAGAUUCUCGACAAAAUGAUUUACCAUCAAAAAGUCAUAUUUAGUCAAUAUAAUACUGAUAUUGAAUUUUUAAAAUGUUUAUGUUAUCAUCUUUAUAAAUGUUUACUUUAUGAUAACCAAGAAAUUAAAGCUAUAUCAACAAACAUUUGGAAAUUGUUAAUGCUUCAAAAACAAGUUGAAAUGUCUGGAAUUUUGAAAACACGUAUCAAAGGAAUAGAACACAAAGAACUAAUGGAAGGGUUUUCAAAACCUCUUGAGAUGGACGUGGCUUCAUUUUUGGAAUGGAUUGACUCUCGUAGAAUUCAAUUGGAUGCUUUAUUUCUCGAACAGAUCUCAAAGAUAUGGGAAUUUAUAAUCGCAAAUGAAAUGAAAAAUAGUAAAGAAUCAAUCAAAAGUAUUCAUUCAAAGCGAAUGAAUAAUAAACUCAAGCGAUUACAUAAAAAGGUUACAUCGGAACAAGAUCUAUUCGACCGUUAUCGUGUUAGGACUAACAAGUGGUCAAGACAUAUACAAGAAAUUGAAACUGGUCGAUACCAUAAAUCGAUACAAGACAGUAUAGAUAAUUGCAAUUAUUUUAGAGAUGAAUGGACAAAAACUUCAGCAGAUUUAUUCCGUGAGCGUGCUCUCUGGGGUUCAAAAACUGUUGACACCGAGGCAAAAUGGAGAUUGGAUUUCACAGAAGGUCGAUGUCGAAUGCGUAAAAAGCUAGAAAGAAAUGAAAAUUUGCGGUUACACACAUACAAACCAAAAAGCAGAAAAUCGCUGGAUCGUCAAAUGACUCUUACGCCAAGUACUAGUGAUUUGGAGACAAUCCCAUCUGAUGAUGUGGAUUCCAUUGGAAAUAGUAAGAAUAGUCAAUACACGGAGUCACAAGAAGUCGAUGAGGAAGCUACAUAUGAAGAGGACAAUUAUAGCAAAGUAUUAAGGUCAUUAGAAACAGGAGAUUCUGUCUUAGAUAUUUACAAUAUAAGCCGUAUCACCGGAUUGGAUGCAUGCGAGGGUCUUUUACUAUUUUGUAAACAGAAUUUGUAUUUGAUAGAUAAUUAUUUUCAACGUUCAGAUGAAGAAAUCGUUGACAUUUGGGAUGCACCAAUAGAGGAACGAGACCAAUAUUUACAAAUGUUAGCGGCACACGCAGGCUAUGAUAGCAAUACUAGUGUGAAAGAAAAAAAACAUAAGAGUCGACGAUGGUAUUUGGCUUAUGAUGAUAUUAAAGAAGUUCAUAAACGAAAAUUUCUGUUUAGGGACGUUGCACUCGAAAUAUUUUUUGCUGAUGGUCGAAAUUAUCUAAUAACAUUCUUUUUGAAAGAAAGAGACAUAGCAUAUAGUAAACUCAUUGAUAGAGCUACAUUUUCAAUUAGUGGUUCUGAAUCAGUUAUAGGAACUUCUGCGACUUUAGAUGUGAUGUCGCCUGUAACUCCGUUAUCUAUUAGCUCUUCAUUCAAAUUGACAAAUUUCUUUGCAAAUUCUUCGUUAACCGAGUUAACUUCACGAUGGGAAAAGAGAGAAAUAUCAAACUUUCAAUAUUUGAUGCAUUUAAACACUCUGGCUGGACGGUCUUAUAAUGAUCUUACGCAGUAUCCUGUUUUCCCAUGGAUUUUAGCCGAUUAUACUAGUGAGGAAUUGGAUUUAACGAAUCCUGCUACCUUUCGGGAUUUAUCAAAACCUAUGGGACCUCAAACAGAAGAACGAAAAAAGGAAUUUCAACUUAGAUAUCGUUCUUUUGAUCCCACUGCAAACGCAACAACACCAGCGUUUCAUUACGGAACACAUUAUUCAUCUGCAAUGAUUGUCUGUUCAUAUUUAAUACGUCUUGAGCCUUUUGUCCAACAAUAUUUAAAACUACAAGGUGGCCAUUUUGAUCACGCUGAUCGAUUAUUCCAUUCGAUUGCAAAAGCGUGGUCAUCUGCUACACGCGAUAAUAUGAGUGAUGUCAGAGAAUUGAUUCCAGAAUUCUUUUAUCUACCCGAAUUCCUAGAAAAUACCAACAAAUUCAACUUUGGUGUUAAACAAGGAACUGGAGAAGUAAUUGAUUCAGUCGUUCUUCCUCCAUGGGCUCAUGGUGAUUCCAGAAUAUUUAUUCAUAAACAUCGACAGGCACUCGAGAGUGAAUAUGUAAGCGCACACCUUCAUGAAUGGAUAGACUUGAUUUUUGGUUAUAAACAACAAGGACCAGCAGCAGUUGAAGCCAUAAACGUUUUCCAUCAUCUCUCUUAUGAGGGAGCAAUAGAUUUGGAUGCUAUUACUGAUCCCGUUGAACGUUCGGCAUCAACUGGUAUUAUUCAUAACUUUGGACAAACACCACGUCAACUGUUCACUAAACCUCAUCCUGCAAGAUUACCCGAAUCAUAUGAUCCUGCUAAUGGUAUAGGGUUAUAUAAAUUCCACGAGAAUGUUGAUAAAUUAAUUCCAUCAAUAUCAAAUGACCGCUUAGUUGCGGUUAGUACACAAAAAAUUUUGGUUCCUCCUGAAUAUACUUAUUAUGUUGAAUGGGGUUAUUCUGACAAUAGUCUUCGACUUCAUCAAAUGGACACAAGAAAGUUGAUUGGAUUGUACGAGAAUCUUCAUUUAGAAGCUGUAAGUUGUGCUUGCUUUGCCGAUGGAAGAACAUUUGUCACUGGUGGUACGGAUGCGGUUAUUUGUAUCUGGAGAUUAAAAUGGAAGACAAAGUCUCCAGUAUUUCAGUUUAUGGAAUGUUUACGAGGUCAUUCAGCAAAGAUUAAUUGUAUUACAAAUUCGAGAUCCUACAGUAUAAUUGUUAGUGGAUCAGAUGAUCAAACUUGCAUAAUUUGGGAUUUGAACAGGAUGAAAUAUGUAAGACAACUUCAAAAUCAUGAGGCCGGAGUUCAAUUUGUCGCAGUUAAUGAUACUACGGGAGACAUUGUUACAUGUAGUGGACCAGUUAUUAAAAUUUGGACUAUUAACGGAGAUCUCUUAUUGACUAAAAAUACAUCACAGCUUCAAGAUCCUAUUCUUUGUUGUACUUUUUAUGAGGGAAAGCAAAAUGAAUGGCUCGACGAAGAUAUGAUCAUAACAGGACACAAAAAAGGAGUAAUAAAGAUAUGGAAUAAAACUUUAGAGCCAAAAUCAGCUUUAAAUAACAAUGAAAAAAAUAAUGAUGAAAAAAAAGGUAUUUAA